CUCUCCCCAAAAGUCUUUGAAGUGUCGAAACAAAGCCUUGGAAAGCUCAAUUGGGUGUCUUCGACGUGCACAAGAGCUGUACUGCUGCCACGAGACGCGUGUCUACUUCUUCGCUUCCUGAUCACUUCUUCAUAGCUGUUGCUGGAAGCCUGAGACUGCUUCAUGGUUUCUCGACACACAAGCUGCCUGAGCAGCAAAGCACUCAGAUCUCAAUGUCUCAACCGCCGUAUGCCCCAGGCCGCCUUUUCUACGACCUCAAGACGCAAUGGCUACGAUGACACCAUUCAGAAUCUCAAGAUUGGCUCCCACACCCGCGUCAUCUUCCAAGGCUUCACGGGCAAGCUCGCUACAGCCAAUGCGCAAGAGUCUAUUGCUUGGGGCACAAACGUCGUUGGUGGGACUAACCCGAAGAAAGAUGGUCAGGAGCACUUGGGUCUUCCCGUUGUGGGUUCUGUACGAAAAGCCAUGGAGCAGUUAAAACCAGACGCGACUGGUAUCUAUGUCGCAGCGCCUCAAGCUGCGGCCGCCAUUGAGGAAGCUAUUGAAGCGGAAGUACCGCUGAUUGUCGCUGUUGCCGAACACAUCCCGAUCCACGAUGUUAUGAGGAUACACUCCAUGUUGAAGUCACAAUCCAAAUCGCGUCUUGUAGGCGCAAACGCACCGGGUAUCAUCUCGGCCAUCGGACGCUGCAGAAUCGGUUUCCAGCCUUUGCCUACUUUUUCGCCCGGAUACAUCGGUAUCAUAGCGAAGUCAGGUACGUUAUCGUACGAGACCGUAGGCUCCCUCACAAGUGCUGGCGUGGGACAGAGUCUGUGCAUUGGUAUGGGUGGUGACGUGAUUGCCGGAACCAAUUUCGUAGAUGCGUUGAAGGUGUUCGAGACGGAUGAUGACACAGAAGCAAUCAUUCUAGUCGGUGAGCUUGGUGGCACCAACGAAGAAGAGGCCGCGGAUUGGAUCAAGAACUACAACAAGCGUGUGUCUAACCCCAAGCCGAUUGCUGCUUGCAUUGGUGGCUUCCAGGCGAAACCUGGUAAAGUCACUGGCCAUGCGGGAGCAUGGACUGGCCUUGGAGAGGGCACGUCAGAAGCCAAAUACAAGGCUCUUGAGGCUGCUGGUGUCACUAUGGUUGAUCACCCAGCUAAGUUCGGAGGUGUGAUGAAAGACAUUCUUGCAAAGUCUGGCCGCAAUGUAAAGAAGAUCGAGCAAUCAGCAGCUCAAGCGCGUCGCGGAUACCACACAUCAGCUCGUCGACCAGCUCUGUACGCAACACGAACAACCUCGCCACAGCAGAGACGUUCAUUGCACCUGUCAGCCGAGCAGAACGCCAACAUACUAAAGAAGUACAACAUCGAUGUAGUCUCGAAACCCGAAGACCAUCAAUCAAGCCACUACCUUGGCAUAUCACCACACCGCGUGAACCGCUCUCCAUCUAUCAUCGCCGCCCCGACAGCAAACCCAGACCAACUACACCAGCGCGUGCGAAGAUUCCCCUUCGACUACCGUGAAGGACCAUCUCCCGAAGCCGUCAACGACGCAAUGGCAUGGCUCCAGCUCGACGCCGCACCACCAAAAGCAAAGGCCCAGGCAGCCGAACUCAUCCAAAACCUAUGGAAGCUCUACACCGAAAAAGAAGCCAUUGACGCCCACGUCUCCCUCUCCCUCAACCCCAACGCAGAUGAAAUCCAAGUCUACAACCCCUACCUCUUCUUCGACGAUGCCGCCUACCGCUCGAACCAGCGCCAAGCCGACCUGCACGCCCUGCGCGACACGCUCUCGCCCACGGAGCAAGAAGCCGAAGAAGCCGGUAUCGUAUACAUCCCACUGGACACGCCGCAGCCCGACGGCCGGCUUCAGGCCAGUACACAGACACCGCCUUCGACAUCGAGUCUGACAGACGGCGAGCCGCGGAACCUAGUUGGCACACUGGUGAAUGGAGCGGGAUUGGCGAUGAAUACAAACGACGUCCUGCACCUCCGGCUCUCGCAACCGCCUUACAGCACCGCGAAUGCUAAUUUCCUCGACACCGGCGGCAAGGCAACCUCCCAGACCAUUAAGACGAGCUUCAAACUCAUUCUGUCCGACCCGCGCGUAGCCGUUGUCUUCGUCAACAUCUUCGGCGGACUUACACUCGCCGACAUGAUCGCAGGAGGCAUCAUCUUGGCUUUCAAGGAGGUCGGUGUCAAUAAGCCGGUGGUGGUCAGGCUGAGGGGCACGAACGAGGAGAAGGGGCAGGAGGUGCUGGCGAAGGCGAAUCUACCGAUUUUUGCGAUUAACGAUUUUGAGGAGGCGGUUAAGAAGGUUGGGGAGCUUGCUAAUGGUGGGAAGUGAGGGUGGGGUGCUGAGGCUCGUAGGUGUUGGGACGAUCUUUUAGAUGUUGUGGCGUUUGGAUUUUUUUUGCAUAUACUCUUCGUUUCCAAUACAAGGCUUUCAUAUUGCAAGACUCGGUAACGCGAAGCCCGGAUUUCACACCCUUCGGGUUCUCGGAGGGUUCUCGGGUUGUCUUUCUGCCAAUCGUCAGCUUAAUGAGAGCU